AUGGCAAAUCUUGGACGACAUGCGCCCAAGUCACGGGCCGGUUGCUUAACCUGCAAGAAACGACGUGUCAAAUGCGAUCAAGCCCGGCCUACAUGCCAGCGAUGCAUCAAGGCAGGGCUGGGUUGUGGAGGCUAUCCAUUAGAGUUGAUCUCCUCGACUCUGGCACAAAUCUCGCGUUCAACAGUCAUCAGUACUUCUACGACGCUACUCUCAGCUUUCAGCGCCACUCGGCAGGAGUGGCAGGCAUAUGGCCUUUACAGCCGCAAGGUUUCGUCCGCCCUUAGUGGUGCGUUCGACACCGACCUGUGGCAGAGCCUUUUCCUACAAAUUGCAACCACCGAGGUUCCAGUCCGUCUAGCGCUAUUUGCUCUGGGUACACUUGUUAGACACAACGAAUCAGGAAGCGUGCAACACAUCUCGAGUUGUUUAUGCACACAUUGCCGUCAAGGACUGAGGUACUACAACAAGUCCAUCUUGUCCUUAUCAGACUACUUACAGAAGACACCGGCCAAUGAGUCGAUUGAUCUUGCUCUCGUAUCUUGUGUGCUGUUCACUUGCAUCGAACUAUAUCGCACAAAUGAUAGAAAUGCCAUCACUCUUGUGGAAAAAGGUAGCAGCAUCCUAUCUCAAGCUACUGAACUAAACUUCCACCACCGUCAACCUCAUCCGAGUUUGUUGAACUUGUUCAAUCGCCUUCGAAUCUCAACGGGCAUGUUUAGUUGGGAUUUCAACGGACGCCCCUCCAUCGACGCUCUCGCCGUGGCUUCCGAGCAGUUACGCUUCGAAAAUCUGGGAGUUGCAAGAGAGAUAUUGCUUAAACUCACUCCCAAAGCCCAGAGCUUGAGGGUGGCUGCGUCAAAAGCUCAUCGUCUUGAUACCCAUAGGAGUGACUUGGCCCUGUCACUUCGUGCCCUGACCAACGAGCAAGACAUUGCAAAGACACAGCUCGCCUCAUGGUUUAGAGCAUUUGAGGGCUUGAAAUUGCAUCCAGGGCAAGAUGUCUCCCCGUUCGCGGUGCAAUUCCUCUACGCAAAGUUUCUUUCAACCAGAAUACACAUAAACACUGCACUGGAAAUCUCGCAAGAUAUAUAUCUUGACUAUAUUGACGAUUUCAAAGCAAUUGUCGCCGCAGCGGAGGAAGGGGUGCAACAUGCCUCAAAUGACGAGACGUGGCUUGGAUUUACUUUCGAAGGUGGCUUUCUGCCUUCGUUGUAUCUCGCUGGAUUGAAAUGUCGAGAUCCAGAAAUCAGGCGAAAAAUAUUGAGCCUGAUGCAUCGAUGUAAUGCCAAAGAGGGCCUUUGGUGCCGGAGCGAGUUGGUUUGUGUACUUGCACGAGUUAUGGAGAUCGAAGAGGGCUGCACCUCAGUCUUCUCCGGGGACAGAGACAGUAGUGAUUCCGGCCAAGCCCCGCCCCGUCUCUACGAUGUUUCCUGUGAUAUUAACUAUCGCAAACUAGGAUCUCUGUUUGUGGAUGUUGUUUAUACCCUUUAUGACGAGGCCUCUCCAGAACCCUGGCGAACUUUCACCGAGACCUUGCUCAUCGAGAAAUGA